GAUUGUGAGUUUACUUAAUCUGUGUAUCAUUCAGGUUCCUUAUUCUCGGGUUCUGGGCCCGUGAGGCGCUGACUUCGGUGUCUAAGAAGACAGACUCGAAUAUGUGUGUUCGUGCGUGCGCGCGCGCGCGAGGGGGUGUGUGUGUGGGAGGGGGGCGGUAGGUAGGAGGAGUUGGCAAAUACAAUGGCGACUGGUAUUGAAGUAGGAAAGACCCCCUGGGGCGGUGAAGGUUUAGUGACAUCCGAAACUGAGGCUGGGAGACAAACUGAGUGGAUGGCUCUGAGUAAAUCAAUGCAUGCAAGGAAUAGAUACAAGGACAAACCUCCUGACUUUGCAUAUCUGGCAUCCAAAUAUCCAGAUUUUAAGCAGCAUGUUCAGAUAAAUCUGAAUGGAAGAGUGAGUCUUAAUUUUAAGGACCCUGAAGCAGUCAGAGCUCUGACUUGUACUCUCCUAAGGGAAGAUUUUGGACUUUCUAUUGAUAUUCCGUUGGAGAGACUAAUUCCCACGGUUCCCUUGAGACUCAACUAUAUUCAUUGGGUAGAAGAUCUGAUCGGUCAUCAGGACUCUGACAAAAGUACUCUCCGAAGAGGAAUUGACAUAGGGACUGGGGCAUCCUGCAUCUAUCCUUUACUUGGAACAACCUUAAAUGGCUGGUAUUUCCUUGCAACAGAAGUAGAUGAUAUGUGCUUCAACUAUGCAAAGAAGAAUGUGGAGCAGAAUAACUUAUCUGAUCUUAUAAAAGUGGUAAAAGUACCACAGAAAACACUCCUGAUGGAUGCUCUUAAAGAAGAAUCUGAGAUAAUCUAUGACUUUUGCAUGUGCAACCCUCCCUUUUUUGCCAAUCAGUUGGAAGCCAAGGGAGUAAACUCUCGAAAUCCUCGAAGACCUCCACCUAGUUCUGUAAAUACAGGAGGUAUCACAGAGAUCAUGGCAGAAGGAGGUGAAUUGGAGUUUGUUAAAAGAAUCAUCCAUGACAGUUUACAACUUAAAAAAAGAUUAAGAUGGUAUAGCUGUAUGCUGGGAAAGAAAUGCAGCCUGGCUCCUCUGAAGGAAGAACUUCGCAUACAAGGGGUUCCUAAAGUUGCCUACACUGAAUUCUGUCAAGGUCGGACAAUGAGAUGGGCUUUAGCUUGGAGUUUUUAUGAUGAUGUAACAGUACCAUCACCACCAAGUAAGCGAAGAAAAUUAGAGAAGCCAAGGAAACCCAUUACGUUUGUAGUAUUGGAGUCUGUGAUGAAGGAAUUAGCCCUCAAAGCGUCGUCUCUGGGCUCUGAGACAGUAGAAGGCAUAGUAGUUGUGACGACAUGGAUUGAAAAAAUUCUCACCGACCUGAAGGUUCAGCAUAAACGAGUUCCCUGUGGAAAGGAGGAAGUUAGCCUUUUCCUAACAGCCGUAGAAAACUCCUGGAUUCAUUUAAGGAGGAAGAAAAGAGACCGAGUGAGACAAUUGAGAGAAGUUCCCCGAGCCCCCAAGAACGUCAUCCAAGCCUUGGAAGAGAAAAAGUCCACCCCAAAAGAGUGUGGCAGUAGCCAAGAUUUGGCCUCAGGCCCCGGGGAGAGUGCCCCCUGUGCGCUCCAGGAAGGCGAGUCUGCCACUGUGGAGGGCCAUGGCCCAAACCAGGACUCGCUCUCCCAGGAUGAAAACCCAGAACCCAUGGAGGAUGAAAGGAGUGAGGAAAAGGGAGAGAUGGAGGUUUUGGAAGGUUGUAAAGGCUCUGGCCAUGGAGCCCAGGACCGAGAGGCUUCUGAGCAGUUCAGCAGCCCAGUGUUUGAAAAAGGGAACCAUCUCCAAGGAGUAGCUGGACGUUACCUAUUUAAAUGUUUGAUAAAUGUUAAGAAGGAGGUAGAUGAUGCCUUAGUUGAAAUGCAUUGGGUUGAGGGCCAGAACAGGGAUUUGAUGAACCAGCUUUGUACCUAUAUACGUAACCAAAUUUUCAGGCUUGUUGCUAGUUAACUCCAAACUUCUUGCACAGUUGGGAAGGUUCUGUAAAGCAGCUUACUUUGGAGUGACCUGUUGCGGGGCAGGAGGAAUUCCACCCUCAGCCCACUGGUAGCAUUAUGUGGAAUUAUCUUUAAGAAAACCAGAAACAAAUUAAUCCAUUUUAAAACACCCCUUCCUUUUUUUAUUUUUAUUUUUUUAAGUUACAGGGCAUUGCAGUAUGGUAGUUCAGAGAAGGAAUUGUGGUUAUCAGCAUCAGCAACAUCCAUCAGUAAACUCUUAAGGGAUUUAAACCUGACUUAAGCUGAUCACCUUAGCUUUAGGCUGGUUUUCUGAGGCCGCAAGACUGCUUUUGCGGUUUGAUCUGGGUCAGAAGUGUGCAGAGCAUCAUGUCCUGUCUGUCACCCACUGCUGCUUCUUGAGGAGGGCUGGCUUUCUCAUCCCCCUAGUGGAGGUGGUGCCCCAGGGCAGAGAGCCCUGGCCUCUCCUAGAGUCACCUUCAAGACUGAGGACUUCGGGCACAUGUGGUUAAUGUCCCCUGUGUCAGUCCAGAGACAGGAACUGGCCUAAUGGCAGGUGGUGGGAGAGUCAGGGAGAGGAGGCUAAGUAAUGCCAGGAAGAAGGGCCCAUCAGGAAGCGCCUGGAAACGUCGGCACAUUCCUGACUCUUGUCUGUUUUGAUGUUGCUUAUUUCAGAAACAGAAUUAGGUAAGCAAAACUGCCCAGUGUGAUGGAGACACAGCAGAAUGAAGCCAUCCCCUUACCUCCAGCCUGUUCAAAGUACUGUUUUGUAGCAGUUUUACUGGUGUGAUUUUUUUUUUUAAUUUGCUUCUGCAGUUAAAGUGGAGCUAAUAUAAGUGUUUUCAGAAUUGAAAACUGUCAAUCCUGUUUGAAUCCUGGGCUUGGGGAAAAUAUUUUCUUGGCUUUGAAUGGGUAAGUGAUUGAUGAUAGAAAUAAGAAAUGGAGCAAGAUAGUUAUGUGCAUUAAGUUGCUUAAGAAAGUCUCGUCUAUUGGGAGAUAAUCAAAGAUUGGUAGCUGAUCAAAGAGUGCUUUUUUGUGGGUCCCCUUGUGAUACCCUCUGUGUUUACCUAUUACUAUUGGAGAAUCCUGAGGCCAAGGUAACCAUGUUCUUAAAACAUGUUUCUAAUUGCAGUGUCAGGGUGCAGCAGGAAUGCCUCUGCAAAAGAAGCCUCUUUUUUUGUUCUCUUCGCAUCUCUGUUACGUCCUGCUAUGCUUGACUUUCAUGGGUUGAUUUUGCACCAGCAGCCUAGGGUCCUAUUUUUCCUGAAAUUUUUGAGUACGGUGCUGGAGCUUCUUGCUGUCUGCAAAGAAGACUGUGACUGAGUUGUUAAGCUAUGCUUUUGAAAGGUGGCUAUUGACUGGGGCAGAAAACUGAUGACCUUGGCAUAUUUUGGCAGCAGCUAGACCAGGCCCUCAGCAAAGAUACAGAAAAUAAAAAUAGGACCAUAUUAUACCUCCCUUCGGCUGUGGAGACAGAGCUGCAGAAGAGAACAUAUUAACCACUUAGUGUUCUUAACUUGGCCCAUAGACCUGGAAAAUCCAUAGCCUCCUGGUUAUUUCCAGAAAUUUCUAGGGGCAUGUUUGGGUUUUUUUCUGGAGAGAAGGCUCCCCAACUUAGAGAGAGGGGUUAGUAACUCACUGAGGAUUAGGGACCACUAUGCUAGUCCAGUCUCUUUUUUGACAGGAUAGGGAAACCAAUGUCCAGGGCCCCACAGAGCCAGGGUUCGAUGCAGGGCCUUGGAUUCCUGCAGUCUGAUCAUCUCCUGUACCCAUGCACAGCAUCCUGCACUACUUAUCUCUCAUGACAUGCUGGAAUCACAUGCUGGACCCAAACCUAGUUUCUAUCUUGAUAGACUUUUCAGAUAAUUGAGUUAGGUGACAGCUGUUCACUUGAUAAGUGGUCACUGGGUAUUUUUUGUUUGCUUGCUUGUUUCAUUAUAAAAGAGUAGUGCAUGCUCAUUAACGAUUUGGAAAAAUGAGGAGAAAACAGCAACAAAAUUACCCCUCAUCUCAACCUUCUGGAGCACAAUUGGUAUUUCAGUGUUUCAGUGUAUUUCAGUGUUUCCUUCUAGUCUCUGACCUCCCUUUCUAUAGAUGGGGUGUGUGAGUGUGGGGGUUCAGAUUGGUUGUGUUCAUGCUGUGUAUUCCGUUUUAUAUUAUGCUUUUUUCUCAUCUGAUGUCUUGUAAGUAAUUUUCCAUGUUAUCACAGGAGUGUAUUAUUUACACUCCUUGGUUCAAAAUGUGUUUCAGGCACAGUAUUACCCUUUGUUUAAGUGUAGUACUUAGAGAUUCCCGGAGAAUCCUCUGUGGACCUGGAGGCACAAAAGAUGGAUCUUGUGUCUGUAUGUGUUUGGUGCCUGAGGUCUAAGGCUUUGUGUCAUGGAAGACAUUUUAUAGGUGUUAAGCUAAUGUUCUUAGAAUUUAAAAAGUAUGUGACAAGAGAAGCUUACACUGCUAGAGCUGUGAGUGCCUUUUUUUGCAUUUGUGUGUCUUCAUUUCAUGCUCUGAGAAUAGUUUAUUUCUAUCUAAUGAGAGAACAUUGAAAACAUUUUUAAAAGACAUUUAGAAAUUCUUUCAGCGAUGCGUAUACUUUAUAAUUGUGUCAUAUGUGAUAGCCUAUAUCUCCCAUAGGGGGAAAAGGAAUUUAAAAAAAAUAGGUUAUUGACUCAUAUAUCAUAAUGUUGAUUGAUACUUGCCUUAAGUGUCUGGAGGUCAAGUUCACAUUGAUGGGUAGGUAUGGAAUUGAGUCUUUGUGGCAUUAUCCUAAAUUACAUUCUGGUCCCUGGCGUUGGCUUCUCAUCUCUUGAUAACCAAAGUGGGAACAGAAGCUGAACUUGCUUUCCAAGGAAGGGGACUAAAGCUACUUUUGUUCUUUGGAACCUGCUUUGCUUCUGACAGUUGGGUUCUUUGAUCCACACCCUUGCCCAGCUAGUCACACAGCAGAGCACCGCUGCAUGUCCUGGUAGGGUUGGUGUCUCUGGUGGAGUUUCAGGUAAUCUAAAUGGGCAUGUGGAUUACUUAAAACUUUAGUAUGUAUUUUUAAAAACAUGAAACCUCUCUUCUCUUAAUAGAAAUCAAAGCUUACCAUGUUAACACACCAAGUUCUAAGUUCUGACAACUAAUAAAACUGCAUGGUGUGGAAAAGAUGCAAAAAGGUCUGUAGAAAAUUCGGGGUCUCCUAAAAGGAAUAGCUCCUCCAUCUUACUUAAACUAAGGCAUUUUCCUCUGUAGCCACACGGGGGCAUCUUUGGCCCUUUUAUCAAGUGCCUUAACUUCUCUGUGGGAGUGGAUAAAAUUGUGUCCUUGGUAUUUUCUUGAAAUAUCCAGUUGCUACUCAGAUAAAUAUUUUUAUGUAAGCAAGGACAUUUUCAUAUUUAAAAAAUGUGAAAGAUAAAAGUAGAAAGAAGGAAAAACCUACCUUGUGGUCGAAUAUACUCUUUCAACCUUUUUAUGUUUCUUUAUGGUCCCAGUAGACUUUUGUUCUUUUCUUUCCGUCUGUCCUGCUACUCUAGAAUAUAUCCAGGAUGGGUCAGUCCUUUGGACCAACUUUUUAUUGGUCUUUAGUUAAUGGAGGUACCAGAGGGGAAUGUUUAGUGAUUUUAAAUCGUAACUUUUCAAAAGCUUUAUGUUGCAGGAAGAGUAACAUAUAGAGCCCUAAGAAAGAACCUUUUGGUGUUCUUUUGUCUUUUCAUUCUUGUCUUGCUUUAUCUGGCCAGCUGAACAGCAUGCAUGUGAUGUGUUGUUUACAUUACAAGUUGGCACAGUUGGUUCUGUGUUGGGCGUAUAUUAUAUAGGUUAGCUGGGCCUUCUUUCCCACAAGGGGUGUUUCUGUGUGGAACGUGUCUGUCACCAACCCUGAGGUCUGUGUGGGCUCACAGAGAAGCCCCAGCCGCCCUUAUUUUCCUGGCCCAGAAUCAGAUGUUGUAGGUGGUCACCCAGCAGAUCUGUACAUUAGAAGGAAGAAGGUCCAAUUUGGAAAACUAAGAAGCCCUCUGGGAGAAGGAGGGUCUCAAAGGUGCAGCCAUUUUACAGCCGGCCAGGAGGUGCCGCUAGGAAAGGGACGUGACCACAUCCUUUGUGGAGAAGCUAGUGCUUGGGAGAAUCAGUUUGCUGAGUGCGCACCUACCCCAGUAAAACCCAGCAGAGGCUUACUAGUGAGAAUGAUUGGCCUCUGCCUCCUGGAGCCGGGCAGUGAUGGUAUUGAACCUUCUAAUUCUCCCAAGUACAAACUGCGUGGCGCUCAUGCCAGUGCAGUAAUAGAAAGCCCUUGAGCAACAGGGCCUCACAUACAUACCAGGGAGUUCCUGCUCUGCUCUGUAAAGACAUUCAGAUCCUCUGCUGUGACUCACCCAAAUGACUAAAACAGUGGUUUAUUUUUUUAAUUGCUGGUUGGAACAGCUAAUGCUCCCUUUUGGAACAGCUAAUGCUGCCUUUUGGAGGCUUUGCUUUUACUCUGGGGGACUGUGUUGUGACUGAGUGAAGGCCUUGCACUUCUGAACACCCUUGAGGUGCAGCCUCUCCGCCUCUCUUAGCCCAAGCAGAAACAUCAGGGAUUCCAGGCACUCUUCAAGGAAGCAGAGGAUCACCAGUGCUUCUUAUGAGCCAGAGAACUGAGAUAGGAGUGGACCAGGAAAAUGUAGGCAGACUUGGCAGGAUUGGCUUGUAUAUGAUGUUCUCAAGAGGACAAGAGAUAUAUAGGUCCCCAAUGCUUUCCCAGUCAUCCUAGGGGAAUGGAAAACAGAGGAAAGCACAGACUUCCCAGCUCAUUAGACCUGGGUUCACAUUCGAGUUCCAUUUACAGGGCAAGUCGGUCUCACUAAGGCUUAGCUUCCUCAUACAAAAGAUUGAAGAAUUUUUACCUCACAGAGCUGUAACAGCAGUUAAGUGAGAGAAUUACUGUAGUACCUGGAGGAAUACAUAAACAGAGAGUAGGCUUCUCAACUUGCUCAUCUCUUAUCAUCCUUUGAGUUUCAAUUUCUGGUCAGAAAAUCUACCAAGAGAAUCCAGUGAAAAGGCUGAGGGCUGUAUAACUGCAGGUAUAGACUACCACUCUGACCGAGAGCAAAAUCUGGGCUUCCAGGUAAUGGAGGGUUUAACAGGGAACCAGUACCGACUGGCAGUCCUCUGUGUAAGUUGUCUCACUAAGUAACCCUGCAGAGAAGUAUGGGGUUCCUGUGUGAUCACUUUAAAGAAGUGACAGCUAAGAGAUUGCCCUGAGGUUUCUCUCAGAGUUAAGUCACAAAUGUGGGAUUUGAACUCGGUCCAGAGAUCGGACACUGGGAUCUGGUACCAAAUCUCAAGAUUUAUAAUAAGUGCCAUACUCAGAAUGGAAAGGGACUUCUGGGCUUAUCUGACCCAACUCUAGGGAAGGAGACUUCAGUUUAGUCACAGGGAAGAGAGAGAAAGCAUCUCUUACCCAACUUCACAAUUUAGCACUUAAAGGUAAUAUUAUUUUCCAGCCUGUUAUCAAUGAACAAAAUUUAAUAAGUGAAAUUGCUUAUAAUUAGUUCUUAAUUUAUGCUACCAAAUCUUUAUAUAGAAUUUUGUAUUUGGCAGUAGUACAGAUAAUUAGAUAGUGAAACCACAAAAUAUCUAGUGCAAGCACAUGUUGGAUCAGAAUCAAUGUACAGUAACUGGUAAUUAUUUAGGUAAUGACUCUUUGACGAUACCUAAUCGUAUAAUAAUAGAAGAAGGAAUUUUUUUAAAUAGGCAGCAUCCAGUAUUUCACAUACAGAGCACAAAACUGAUGUACUUUCUGAUCUUGCUGGAGAAGAUAGCAAUCAUCAGAAAAACUGCAAGUUGUCCUCCCCAGGUGGGGGAAUGGACCGUGUAAAUCUGGAGAACAGGAAAGGCUGCUUGCAAUCUGGUGGACUCAUUCAGGGAGUGUGGCUGUGUCUAGGAACUGGAGCCAGGAAAUCCCCAGCCCGGCCGGCCCCCAGGAGGCUUGCGCUGCUGCUGCCCCAAAAGAGAAGGCUGCCCCGAGAGCACUGCUGAGCCCGGACUGCGGGUGAGGCCGGGCCUGCCCCCACAGAUUCGCAGUUCCAGAGGCCUUGUGUGUCUUGCUGGGAAAAUGGGGGUUCCCAUUCUGGUCUGACAGGAUCCCUAAUUCAGAUGCGUGUGUCCCAGGAUUCCUGCCUUCAGGGCUGAACACGGGGCUUCUAGACCAAACGCUGGCCUGUAUUUUCGUGAACUCCAGAUGAGCACUAAUGAGGACUCUCAUUCACCAAGGGAAGUAUUUCUUCAUCGUCUGUACCAGGGGUCAGGCAAGAAGGGCUGGAGCUCAGGCUCUGAGUAAAAGUAGCUUUUACUCGAUUCCUGCAGGUUAUUGCCGUACAGAAAUAGCUGCCCAGGGUUACUGGAUUCUGAUUUAUUUGGGGGAAGCCAGAAAUCCAGACUUUAUGAGAAAUUUACUGUAAAUCCUGACAACUACUUGAAUAUUUUAUGGAAGCCUGGUGGACCACCAUCAGUUUGUGGCCUCUUCUACCUCCAGGUGGUGGACUGUCUGAAUAUUUGCUGCCUCCACUUUCCUGACUCAUUUACUUGAGCUCCUAAAGUCUGGUUGCUGCCUUCCCUCCUUUUUAAAGAGUUCUUCUCACCUCUUAAAGGGAGAAUCCCGAAGAUCCUCUUCUUGGGCUUUGUUUGCUCUUUUCUCCUGUUUAUGGCUGACCUCAUCCACUCCAGUGACUUCAGUGCUGAUCACUCCUACAUUCAUCAUGCCCAAAUCUAGACCUUUCCUGAACUUUCAGCAUCCACAUACCUAACCACCUACUGGACAUCUCCCCCAGGACUGGGGCUGUGUCAAACUCAGCUUGUCUGCUCCUGCUUGUCUACACCUGUAUUCUUGGUUGCCAUCCACCCAGCUGUCCAGAUUAGAAAUCUCUGCUCCUCCCUCUCCUUCGCCACCAGGGUCUAAAACCUUCCAGCUUAGAAAAAUCUCCCAAAUCCAGCCCAGCCUCUCCUUCCCUGGUGCCACUGCCUUAGUGCUGCUCCGCAUCUCACACGGACCACGAAGGCAGGCUGAGCCAUUUCUGGGGACCUUCAGAGCUAAGCAGCAGAAAGAGCAGAUUUAGAGAGGUUUGAGGGAAUGGGGUGAAGAAACCUGUUUUCAAGGGUGAAGCAGGAGGGCUUUCAGAAGAAAGAGUAGGAUGGGAGAUAGACCCACAGCAACAGGUCGAGUUAUCCGAGGCCCUUCCUGAUAAAGCACAGAACUUUCCCCCUUUUACAUAAUUUCAUUUUACAGAAGUAAUGUUUUCACUAUAAGAAAUUUAGAAAAUAAUGAAUAAAAGUUUACAAUUCCACUACUCAAAUGGAGUUAUUUUACAUUUUGUUAUCGAAGUAUUUUUAUAUGCAUAUAUAUUUUUAAACACGUGGGAUCAUGUUGUAUGCUACUGUUUUAUAAUCUUUUUCAUUUAGCAAUAUACUGUGAUAACUUCUUUCUGAUUAUAUAAAACUAAUCUAUGCAUCAGAAAACUUGUGAAAAUAAAAACUACCAGUAAUUACACUGCCCAAAGACCACCACUGUUCAUAUUUUGGCUUAUUAACAACCCUGUCUUCUUCGUGCCAUAUUGUGAAUGUCACUUCGCGAAACUAAUUAAUUGUUCCUUGUUGAAAAUUUAGGUUUUCUGGUUUUUGCUUUUGUAAAUAAUGUGUUAGUGAAUAUCUUUGUACAGAAGUCUUCAUGUUUUUUUUUUAUUGCUUUGGGAUAAAUUUAUAUAAGAAUUACUGAAGCAGAAGAGAUACGACUCUUUUAAAGGCUUUUUGUACAUAUGGCCAGUUCGCUCCAGGAACAAAUUGUGCUGCUUUAUGUUUCCACAAGUGCCUGUUUCUACCACACAUCUGAUGGCACUAGAAGGCUAAUUUUUAAAAAUCCCUUAUCAACUGAUCAGCAAGAAUAUUUUCACUGUUUUAAUUUUAUUAUAGUAUUGGCAAGGCCAAACGUUCUCAUAUAUGUGUAUUUAUGUUAUAAGUAUUUGUUCAUAUAUUUAUUGUUUUAUGAAUUUUAAAUCAUGUUCCAUGUUCA